AUGCAAAACGAUGACGAUUUCGAACAGGGAUUCGUCUCUCCCAGCUUCAACAGCUACUCCACCGACAAACUAGCGGAUGUCGCCGCCAAGGUCUGUCGGGAAUUCGACCACCUCAAUUUGCUCGAAGAUUCGGAGUCCGAUCAGUUGGGGGACCAUAAAAACGACAAUGAAUCCGCCGCCGACGAGGAGGAGGAGGAGUUCGAAUUCGUGUCGUUUCAGAAAUCCGCCGACCAGGUUUUCUUCGACGAACACCAGAUCGGCCCCGUUUUCCCCGUAUUUAACCGCGACCUCCUGUCGGAUAAAAGUCAACGCGAUCUCCUCGCCGGCGGUCGGGAUGGUAAAAAGGUGGAGGAGGACGAUGAUGGUCUGCCGUCGUCGUCGUCAUCCGACGUGGACGAGCUGGACGAGGUCCCACCGGGGAAUUACUGCGUGUGGAUGUCGAAAGCCGCGUCGGGAGAAGCGCGUGGGAAGUGCAAGAAGAGCAAAUCCACGGGAACUUCGUCGUCAAGGAGGUGGAGCCUCCGGGAUUUGCUGCGGCGGAGCAACAGCGAAGGCGGCAAGGAGUUGGUUUUCUUGACGCCUUUGUCGUCCAGCUCCAAAAAAGUAGAAGACAACAAGGAACCCAAAAAGAGCUCCCGGUCGGCGUCUGGGUCUGAUGUGCCCAGGAAAAAGCCCAGUAAAGGUCCAACGCGGUGUCGAUGGCUCACGAGGCGUUCUAUGUGA